GGGCCUACGCCUGAGUUUCCUGGAGAGGAAGGAACCCGACGCUGAGGCCGCUUUGGAACGCAAAAGUCUACGGCGCCCUGGGCCCUAGAGGCGGAGCCGGAAGCUCCACCGUUUCGCCUCUGAGCCCCUCUGUUUUCGAAGGGGCAGCUCUUUUUCUCUGGACCGGGUCUUCCUCCCCUCCUCCCCCUUCACGCGGAGGCCGAAGCCCCCAGCCUGGCCUGGCGGUGCUGCGGGAGCUCCGGGACCCGGAAGAAGCACUAACUCCCGCCUCCGCCAUGGAGCCCACCGCGCUGUCCCUCACCGAGGAGGACUUGACAGAAGUGAAAAAGGACGCUUUAGAAAAUUUGCGUGUAUACCUGUGUGAGAAAAUCAUAGCUGAGAGACAUUUUGAUCAUCUACGCGCAAAAAAAAUACUCAGUAGAGAAGACACUGAAGAAAUUUCUUGCCGAACAUCAAGUAGGAAAAGGGCUGGGAAAUUACUAGACUACUUACAAGAAAACCCCAAAGGACUAGAUACGCUGGUUGAAUCUAUUCGGCGAGAAAAAACACAGAACUUCCUGAUUCAGAAGAUUACAGAUGAAGUGCUGAAACUUAGAAAUAUAAAACUAGAACAUCUGAAAGGACUGAAAUGUAGCAGCUGUGAGCCUUUUCCAGAUGGAGCCACAAACAACUUCUCUAGAUCAAAUUCACAUGAGAGUAAUUUCUCUGAAAAACUGAGAGCAUCCACUGUCAUAUACCAUCCAGAAGGAGAAUCCAGCACGGCCCCCUUUUUCUCUACGGAGUCCUCCCUGAAUUUGCCUGUUCUAGAAGUCGGUAGAACUGACAACCCCACCUUCUCUUCGACUACACUUCCCAGACCUGGGGACCCCGGGGCCCCCCCUUUGCCGCCAGAGCUGCAGUUAGAAGAAGGAGGAACUUGUGGAAACUCCAGUGAAAUGUUUCUUCCCUUACGAUCACGUGCCCUUUCGCGUCAGUGACAGAGAUUACAGCCUUUAAUUUUUUUUUUAAUAAUGGCAAAAAAUAUUUGAAAAGAUAUGAAUCUUUUUAUAGAAUUGCUAAAAUGACUUAACAUUUGAUAUGUGUCUUUUAAAAGGCAAUGGAAGCAUACUUUGUAAAUAGACUCUUAGAAUAAAAGAAGCCUCCUCUUAGAUAGCUAAAGAAAAUCAUGUUAAUCAUGUACUUUUCUGUGUUUUCUGUUCUUUUCCAUUUUUGAGGUAUUUUGCGUAUGUUCUCAUUUUUUAUGUUUUAAGACUAACUUUAAUAGGGAACAUUUUUCUAUUUGAGAAUAGGGUAUCAGGCUGGGAAUAAGUUUCAGUGCAGUUGUGCUAGAAAUUUUGAGGUCUAAUAGACCUUUCUAAUUCUUCAGCAGUAGAUUUUCAGGUUAAACUAUUUCUGUAUGGAAUAAACCCAGUCACUGACACAAAAUCUGCCAGUGCACUGCAAAGAAUCUCUUUCCCACUCAGUUGGUCUUAGGGACACUUAGAGAGUCCCCUUCUAAUGUGGGGGAACAUCAGAGAGAGGUGUUGUGGUUGGAGCCACCUGAGAUCUCAAUUUGCCAAAACACAUUUCUUAUUCACCUUACUAUUAGUACCUUACUAGGAUUUUCUUACUAUUCCAAUUCCUACAGAAAAAUCUUGACAAAAGCCUGCUGUUGCAUGUAAUUUGAUGAGAUUGGAAAAAAAUUUUUUUCUGUGCUUUUCAUUCGCUUUUAAUGAGGACCACUGUAGUACAAGUUGAAAUAACUAGGACAGUGUGUGUGUGUGUGUGUGUGUGAGAGAGAGUGUGUGAGAGACAGUUCUGUCUUAAAUACUAUUUGGAACAAGUGGACCAUUAGCCUGAUCUGUCUUUUUGUUACAUGACAAAGUUUGUCUAAUUUUACACCUUUAUAAAUUUUAUGCUGUCAUUAUUUUUUAUUUAAAUUAUAAUUCUACCUAUUUCCUGAUUAUAUGUCUCAUAUAUUUCCAUUACUUUGAAAAAGCAGAGCUGGAAUGUGCUAUUAACAAUAAAUGUUUUUAAAUUGUCGUGCUGUUGUUUUGGAAGUUUCAAGUAUUUCAAUAGGAAAUACAUACCUAAAAUACUUUUUUAUAUGUGCCAGUUUUCAUAGAAACAUUAUUUCAUGUUAUGAGAUCAAGUUGCAUUUUGAGAUAGACCAAUGAAUUUAUCAAUCAUGAAGACGACUGGCAUAUUGGCUUUAAAAUAUUUUUCAAGUCUGCAUGAUUUUUGUAGUGUAAAAUUGUCUAAGGAUUAUAGGGAAACCUGUCUCAUCUUCAGCAAGGCAUAAGAAAAUAGCAUUACAUUUGAAAAAAAAGUCUUUAAAAAGCAGAAGCAGGCUUUUCAUUUCAUUAAUUAAAAUAAAAAUUUGACAUGCGGUUACUUUUAAAAUUUAAAGAGAAUUUAUUCAGAUCAAAAAUAAUUCUGUAUCACCUCCAUUUAUAGUUUAUAACCCUGAGUUUUCUUUCAGACUGUUAACUAUACAGACAAUAAAAUUAAUGUUUUAUUAAUGUUAACUCAGUCUUUUAGGCUUUCUGAAUCCUGUGAAGUCAAUUUUUUUUUCCUUUAGACACUGAAAACCACCUAUUGCCAAAAAUGUAUAACUUAGCAUGACAGAUUGACAGGUUGAUGGAUGCAGCAAUGAGAAAAUUACUUUUUACAGAUACCAUAUUAUUACUUCAAACAAAGACAACAAUUCUGAGCUCGCUUUUUUUUUUUUAAUUAGUAGACUUUAUUUUUUAGAGUGGUUUCAGGUUUAUAGAAAAAUUGAGCAGAAAGCA